CACACAGACACUUUAUACACCUCCCAUCUCCCAUGUUGACGUCAAAUCCUUCCCAGCAGCGGAUGUUAUUGGAAAACUGGGUCCACAAGCAUCAACGUAUAACUAGAAAGCCUCGAAAAGUUCUCAAACCUGAUAUUUUGAAUAUCGUCGUGGAUACAGAAGGGAUCCAACAUGUCCAGUGACCCCCCUCCUCCUUACCCAGGGGGCCCCAAUGCCCCACUUCUUGAGGAAAAAAAUGGACAACCUCCAGUUUCUGCAGCCACUGCUCCAGUAAUGACUGGACCUCCACAAGGACAGCUGCUUCCACCCGAAUAUGGACCUCCACCUUAUGAAGCCACACCUGGCUUUCUUCCUCCGCACGUCCCAGGCGAAGGUCCCAUGCCUAAGCCUAUGCAUAUGCCCAUGCCUCAUCCUCACGGUGGUUACUACCUUCCCCCAGGGCACUUUCCUCAUCCGAUAGCAGAGCACUAUGGUCCGGGUCCCAGUCACUUUGCUUCAGGUCACACAGCCACAGUUCUGUCCCCUCCUGGUGCCACCACCACCACCGUGACUGUUCUACAGGGAGAGAUGUUUCAGUCGGCUCCAGUGCAGACGGUUUGUCCUCACUGCCAACAACCCAUCAUCACCCGCAUCAGCCACGACAUCGGCCUCAUGAAUACCCUAAUCUGCAUGUUCUGCUUCUUUGUUGGUUGUGAUCUAGGUUGCUGCUUGAUCCCAUGUAUGAUUGACGACCUCAAGGAUGUGACACACACUUGCCCCAACUGCAAGGGCUAUAUUUACACAUACAAGCGCAUAUGCUAACAGUUUAUCCCAUUAACGAUCGCGCUGUGACCUCAUUCUGGUGGGUGUUGAAGACUCACUUUUCUUUCCGUCUGCUCUGUGAUCAUUUUGCCCCAGCUGACAGCUCGUAUUUCUAGCCAUUUCUCACUUUAUGUAACUAUUGAUUCUCACUUUUAAUUUACAGGCACUUGAUGUAGUUACUGACGCCUCUAAAAUGAAGCAGGGGGCAUGAAGGUUUGGUACAUUUUAUAUGCACAAAGGUCACGUUUUUUUUUUUUAGCAGUAGAACAAAGUGUAUACAUGUAGAAAAUAUGUGAAAACGCUAACCUUGACAAGCUCAUUUGUGAAUAUUACUGAGUAGCGAAACUAAAUGAUUUCACUACAGGGACAGUACUGUUGGAUUGUAGGAUUAUUAUUUUAUUCAUUAUUGUUUUAUUUUAACAUGUUAAAAUGAAAGUCUUAGAUGGCUGGGUCUGGAACCGUUCAAGUCCUGGAGUAACGUUGUUGCUUUUACAUGUGAAAAAUGUCUCUAUAUUUGGCAUUUUAUGCAAAUGUUAUGGAAAUUUUUUUUCUUUCACUUUUGUUUUGUAUAUUUGUCGACAAGACUCAUUUGAAGUCGACCUGAUAUGCUUAUCUAUGUAACAUGCAUUGUUGUGCAGAUGUCAUUUUAGAUGAAAGGUUUCUAUUAAUAAGGGAUGUGUAUGUCCAUCUAAAUCUCCUUUAGUAAUUUAGGGAUUUAAAUAAUUUAGGGCUCAUGGUGUUUUAAUAUGCCAUGCAGUUCAUAUUAGGGUCAUAUUUGUGAAAUUCAACCAAUAUACAUUUCAUUUUUUUUUUUUUUUUUUUUUUUUUGAACUGUGAAUCAAAACUAUAGCCACGGUGCUUUUCAAACCACUAUACUAGCUGUUCUGUGUCGUCAGUAAGCUGUUUGAGCCUUCUAUAAACUAUCAUUGGCUAUCCAGGUCAGUUUACCGGUCAUUAAUGGUGUUUGUUGAUAGUAAGAUCAGUGUAGAAUCAUGUCUCAUCACAGAUAAGCAUCCUUUAACAUUUAUUCUGGCCAGCACUGCUGAUAAACAACAUGUUUAGAAGUGGCUGUUGCAUUAUUUUUUUCAUUUCAAGUUCAACUUGACAUGGUGAAGUUGUCUUCUUCAAAAAGGGAAGAUAUUUCUUGUAACGGCUGUUCAAAGCUGCUUUGCUGUUGGAGUUCACCAGCAUGAUGAAGCGCGCUGCAUGGCAUCACUGUAAUCUUGCAUAGCUCUCUAUUGGGCCAUAUGUCCCGUCAGUGUGUCAAGCUGUGCUUGUUGCUGCACUGGGCUUCAUCUCUCAAAGCAGAUUAACCAUUCACUUUUUAAUACUGUGUGUAACAAGCCACAAGGAUUUAAAUGAUAAUUGUCCUGAUUUUUUUUUUCCUAUUUGUGGUCAGAUUGUGAUUUCUGUGGAAUCAUCCAAAGAGAUUGUUUGUUUUAUAUUGGUCAUUUUGGUUGUGAAAGUGUAAACUUUCAAAUCAUUUUGCUCUGUCCAACAAUGUGAUUUACUGCUAAAUGGUACGAGAUACAAAAUAUACAACAUCCGCAGUGCUCAAGACACUAUAUAUCUCAAUAUACAUAAGCACUGUAUUAUUAAAACUGUGUGUGAAAGGCCACAAGGAUUUAAAGGUUGAUUGUCCCAAUUUUUCUUAAAUUUUGUGGUCAGAUGUGUAAUUUCUCAGGAAUCAUCCUAAGAGAUCGUUUCCUUUAUUUGGUCGUUUCUGAAUAGCUCGGUCCCAAAAAUGUGAUUUAAUCAGCAGUGAUUAGACACUGUAUAACUUAACCUCCAGUUUUAAUUUUCCUUAAAGCUACACUACGUAACUUUUGGCCCUGUAGCAGAUAAAAAAAGAAAACAAAAUGCGUCUUGGUUGUGCUUCGGCUGUGCUACCAGUUUACCGUAGUUUCGAGGGUUUCUUUAUUUUUACAACCCGUGAUUCCCUGGAGGCUUGCCGUUUUAAAUGAUUCACGGUGAAUUUUUCUCGUUUGUUGUGGCGGUAAACUUUUAGCUUUACGCUGCUGCCACAUUAAUGCGCGGAUAUAUGUGUACGGAUAUAUCACGGAUAAAUCGUGACACGCAUGGGCGAUGACGUAUGUAUGCUAUUUUUACCACAAAAUCCAUCCCGACAGCUUUCAAAAUAUAAAUCGUUAUUAUAGAUUUAUCAAAGUGUAUUGGGCUAAAAGACAUUUGGAAGAUUUUUUCACUUUCAUAAACAUGUUAUCAAACAAAAGUUGCGUAGUGUAGCUUUAAAUGAAGAUUCAGAUAAUCAUCUUUCUCAUGUAGACAAUCUGCCAAUAUUAUAGCGGUUUAAGAAUCAGAAUCUCCAUCUUUCCAUUGUAGUAUUUACCAUGAAGGGAAAAAAUGUAGCAAUCGCUAGUGUGUGUGUAUAUGUAUUCAAACUUGCUAUCUCAUUGUAAAUGAUUCUUUUUAAUCAGAUCUUUCCAACGAACACUGAAAUUUUCAUAGUAUUUGCACCUUUACCCAUUUGUGUUUGCAGGCAUUACAAAAAUAACUUUUGACACUUUCAAUUCUGUUUUCAAAGUACACCCAGCAGUCUAUUUUCUGACUGGGAGAAAAGAAAGAGAAAAAAAAAAAUGAACCAAGACCUAUAAUAUCAUAAAGAUACCUGUCCAUCAUUCGCAAAUCAAAAAUAUACAAAAACUACAUGAUGUCUGUUCGAUUACUGAAAGAUAAUCUCCAGUAAAUAUGCAUGUUCAUGGGGUUUACUUGCACAAUCCAGGCUGGCUCCCUUUAAUCUAAUAUGCUCUUGAUUACGUAGGUCUACUUGCUUUGUGAAGUGACUUAAUGCUGUUGCAGACAGUAGAUGUCAAGCUUGUGUUACAGGAAUGCAGUUGUAGAUAGAUGCCUUGAGAAUAAUCUGUGGCAUUACACCAGAUGCCACGCUCAACUGAAGUCUCAAAUGUGUAUGUAAAACAAAACUUAUGGACUUAAUGAUUAUUUGAACAAAUAAAAAGACUAUCAUAUA